AUGACCCGGAUACAGCCCUCACAAUGGAACUUUGACAUUGAUCGGUUCAUCAACCCCUUUGUCCCCCAUCCCCCCUGGCGCCACCUGCCGACGCCCGUGUCCCGCUUCUUCGGCUACCGCAAGACCAAGCCCGACAACACGGGCAACCUUGUCCUCAUCCUCUGGGCCUUCAUCGGCAUCUUCUGCGGCAUCGCCGUCAUCGAGCUCGUGUCCGACCACGUGCCCUCCUUCCGCCACCACGGCGCCCCCAUCAUCGUCGGCAGCUUCGGCGCCGCCGCCGUGCUCGAGUUCUACUCGAUCGAGAGCCCCCUCGCCCAGCCCCGCAACGCCAUCCUCGGCCAGCUCCUCGCCUCGCUGACCGGCAUCUCCAUCGCCAAGCUCUUCCUCCUCGCCGGCGCCGCCCGCUUCGCCGACGUCCGCUGGGUCGCCGGCGCCCUGUCGUGCGCCACGGCCACGGCCCUCAUGGCCCUCACCAAGACGGUCCACCCGCCCGCCGGCGCCACCGCCCUGCUCGCCGUCGUCGACGACAGCGUCCUCGACCUCGGCUGGUUCCUCGUCCCCGUCGUCAUGCUCGGCUGCACCCUCAUGCUCGUCACCGCCCUGCUCGUCAACAAUGUCCAGCGCCGCUUCCCCAUGUACUGGUGGACCCCCGAGGACCUGCACGCCCAGGCCCGGCCCUGGACCCGUCGCCGCGCCUCUUCGCCUGCUGCUGCUGUCGAGGGAAAGGCCGGCGUCCCCGAUCACAACGACCUCGAAGCCCAGAGCACGCGCACGUCGCAGACGACCGAGGUCGGCGGCAGCGACGACGGGCGCGACUUUGAGCUCAUUCUGCGUCCUGGCGAGGUCAUCGUCCCGGAGCACAUGUACAUUACGCCCGAGGAGAAGAUGUGGCUCGAGAACCUGAGCAACCGGUUGUGA